UGUUAGUAACUUUGGUUGAAAAUUCAUUUCUAACAUCUUAAAGGGGGACAAUUUUCCUCUCACUGGAAAAAACACCUUUUUCCUAGGCGCAACCAUACUGGUACCCGUUCGUAAGAGCCACCACUAUCGUUCCAAGUCUCGCGGUGUUCGGUGCGUUAGUUGUCACUUGAAUCGGGGUCAGUCGAAGAAUCAAUAAAUAGACUAGAAUUAUAUGAGAUAUGCUCACAUCAGUGCGGAAAAUCAUCGCGUUUAGUGUUGAAAAGUGAUUUCAGACGGUGUCACAAUCUGGAUGUUAGUGCUGUGUGUAGUCAGACUACUUAACCGAACGGAAGACGCUACACAACAUUAUCAGUUGACCGUUGCCUUUGUAGCCGUCGUCGUCGUCGUUUUCAUCAUCAUUGUCGUUGGAUUGGUGCGCCGCUGCUGCUCAUUCAAACGUGUUUCCUCGGUUUUUGCGCUCGGUAUUUUCCGAUUCCACACGGUUCGUGUUCUCGUCUCGCGUGUACGGCGGUCGCACAACUUCCAGCCAGCAAAGCCAAGAGAGAGAGGUCACCGUGAGCUGAUUUGAUACACAUAUCGCAACAUUACUACUGUGCAGUUGGUGCAUGCUUUGUUAGAACGUGUUAUCGAAAAAUUCGCUUAGCCUGCGCUUGAAAGAGUCGAUAAAAGUGUUGUUGUAGUGUUGCUAAAAAUAGAAGAAGUGUUCUGACACGUUUCGAAAUAGCUUUUCCCCUUUUUUGAUAGAAGAAAACGUUUCUGGGUAGGUGAAAAAGUGUGCUGCUGAACAACGAAACAGCAAUAAGCAAAUAUCAAGAAGAAAAUCGCCAGUGAUUUGAUUGAAAACGUGAAUACAUAGCAGAAGGAAACAUAAUUUUGUGAUUACAGCGAAAAAUCAUCUAGUCCAAACCGUGUUCAUAUGAUUAGAUAACUUCGUAUUUAAUUAACGUGGAAGUUUCAAGGAAAGAAAAUCUAUCUAACUUCUGGCAACACUCGUCCGUAUGAAAAAUAGAAGCAAUUCCUAUUGAACCGUGUUCUACCGCUCUGCUUCUUACUUAUACAGAGGAAACGUUGGCGCGCUAAUGGACUGUAAUAAAUUAGUGUGUCAAUAUAAAUAAAAAUUAAAGUGUAUUAACCAGUUGCUAAUAAAUAAUACAAUCAAAAAGCAGUGCUACGCGGCAGUGCGCAAAAGAAGAAAAAAAAACGAAAAUAAGAGAAGCAAGUUGAAAUCCCAGAAGAAGCAUUCCGCGCGGGCAACCAGAGAAGAGGCCCCUAUAACGCAGAGGUUCGGAUAGCCGCUAAUCAAUUUGUACUCGAUAAGUUCUCAAGGCAGCAACGCUACGCUGCUCUGUGUCGAUCGUGUCGAAGGGGGGCGCUGCUUGAGGUCAUACCCGGAACGGGCAGCAACGACAGCAAGAACAACAACAAUAGUUUUCAAGCUGCUGCAGCUGGUAGCAGCUAUAGUUGGGUUGGGCUGUCGGCGUGAUAGUGCGAAGUGAAACUCGUCCCACUCAUCAACCAACGAGCAACCAGUACUAUAGUGUAUAAGUUCUCAAUUAAAUUGAGUGCCAGCUUAUUUGCAGCGAUCCGGGAAGUCGUAGUCGUCGUAGUCAUCGUCGUUGUCGUAGUCAUCAAAGCCGGAGGAGUGACUACUUGAACGGCGCGGGCACUAUUAAAAUAUUGGCAAAAACAAGCCGCCGAUUUCAGUGCGUUUUUCACGCUCCUUCAAGUUACACCGUUCCGAGGAGUGGAGGAGCUUUUUCGGGAAGUGAUAAAUUUAUUUUUAUGACACCACGGGUUCGAAUCAGGCAAAAUAGUGUGGAUGCGCGUGUGUUUUGACGGGCUGUGCUUCGCGUCACGGCGACCGGCGGCCGUUGAGCAGGAGACGCAGACUGUCUUGUGCGGCGCAACCGCACUCGAUACUCAGCAGCUCGCGCGUUUGCUGAAGUACGCGAACUUUGCCGCGCCGACGAACGGACUCGGUCUAGCGGUGCUCGGUUCCCAGCGCGCUCCAGCGCUGCAACCGUCGGUUUCGUCAGUCGUUUCUCACGGUUCCGCGGGGAAAGAUCUGCUCGUGCCAUCGAUAGUCGUCACCACCGCCGCGCAAUCUACGACGAUGAACGACGAAAACAACGGUAACAGUGAUCCGGCGGCAGCAUCCUUCAGCCAGCAACAGCAACAACAGCAGCAGCAACCUCCUCUAAUGCCCGCCACUACCAACCAGCAAAAUGAUUCUAUCAACAAUAACUUCGAAACCGAUGUCAAUAACGUAAAACAGAUCGUUUUGCUGCAGGGAGAUCUUCAGCAGAACCUGUACAUCAACGAUCCUGUCUGCCUGGGGCUGACACCUCGGGAGCAGGAACUGCUGAAAGUGAUACAGGCGCGCGAGAUUCGCAUCCGAGAGCUGGAAGAAUGCCUCCAACACAAGCACGACGAGGUGGCGGAGCUCCGCAGUCAUCUGGACAAGUUUCAGAGUGUGUUCCGCACGAGUCAAGGUGGUACCGCGGUUUCGCACAGUGGCCGGAAGCUCGGUACGCACGGGGUCCAGCGGCAGCGUGCGCAGGGUAUUUCGGCCGAACCGCAGCGUGAUAUUUCGGUGCUGGAGCUGAUGCAUGUGGCGUUCCCGAAGUACGACAAGGAUGAAAGAUCACGUGAAAUCAUCAAAUCUGCCAUCCUGGACAAUGACUUCAUGAAGAACCUGGAGAUGACGCAGAUCCGCGAAAUCGUGGACUGCAUGUAUCCGGUGCAGUACGGAGCGGGCAGCCUGAUCAUCAAGGAGGGCGAUGUAGGCAGCAUAGUGUACGUGAUGGAAGAGGGUCGCGUCGAAGUAUCCCGCGAGGGUAAAUACCUGUCGACGCUGUCCGGAGCCAAGGUUCUGGGUGAGCUGGCCAUCCUCUACCACUGUCAGCGAACGGCGACGAUCACCGCGGCUACCGACUGUAAACUUUGGGCUGUCGAACGGCAAUGCUUCCAGACGAUCAUGAUGCGCACCGGUCUGAUCCGGCAGGCCGAAUAUUCCGAUUUUCUCAAGAGUGUUCCCAUCUUCAAGAACCUCCCGGAAGACACCCUGUGCAAGAUAUCGGACGUGCUGGAAGAGUGCUACUACCAGAAAGGUGACUAUAUCAUCCGCCAGGGAGCUCGUGGCGACACGUUCUUCAUCAUCUCCAAGGGUCAGGUGCGUGUUACCAUCCGGCAGCCGGAAACACAGGAGGAAAAAUUCAUCCGCACGCUCGGUAAAGGCGAUUUCUUCGGCGAAAAGGCGUUGCAAGGGGAUGAUCUUCGAACGGCCAACAUUAUUUGCGACUCUCCGGAAGGCGUCACUUGUUUGGUCAUAGAUCGAGAUACGUUCAACCAGUUGAUCUCGAACUUGGACGAAAUCAAGAAUCGCUACAACGAUGAUGCGGUGAUCCAGAAAAAGAAAAUCUACGAAGAGUUCCGCGACGUACGACUUUCGGAUCUGCGUGUACUGGCAACCUUGGGCGUUGGUGGUUUUGGCCGUGUCGAGCUAGUUCAGCUAGCCCAGGAUAAAGCCCGCUCGUUUGCGCUGAAACAGAUGAAGAAAGCUCAGAUCGUUGAAACUCGUCAACAGCAGCACAUAAUGUCCGAAAAAGAAAUCAUGAGCGAAGCAAACAGCGAUUUCAUCGUAAAACUGUACAAGACCUUCAAGGAUCGCAAAUAUUUGUACAUGCUAAUGGAGAGCUGCCUGGGCGGAGAGCUCUGGACGAUUCUGCGUGACCGUGGACACUUCGACGAUCCCACCACACGCUUCUACACGGCUUGCGUGGUGGAAGCGUUCGAUUAUCUACACUCGCGCAACAUCAUCUAUCGGGAUCUGAAGCCGGAGAAUCUACUGCUGGACGUGGCCGGUUAUGUCAAACUGGUGGACUUUGGGUUCGCCAAGAAGCUCCAAUCAGGACGCAAAACUUGGACUUUCUGCGGAACUCCAGAGUAUGUAGCACCGGAGGUGAUUCUCAACCGAGGCCAUGACAUCAGCGCCGACUACUGGUCGCUGGGAGUGCUAAUGUUCGAGUUGCUAACUGGAACACCUCCAUUUACCGGAGCCGAUCCGAUGCGCACGUACAACAUCAUUCUGAAGGGAAUCGAUGCCAUCGAAUUCCCCCGUAACAUCACCCGGAAUGCCAGCGCCCUGAUCAAGAAACUAUGCCGAGACAAUCCAACCGAACGAUUGGGCUACCAACGAGGCGGAAUCAGCGAAAUACAGAAACACAAAUGGUUCGACGGUUUCUACUGGGAAGGACUGCGGAAUCGCACCCUACCGCCGCCAAUCCUGCCCAAGGUGCAGAGCGUGGUCGACACCACCAACUUCGACGACUACCCGGCGGAUCCGGACGGUCCACCACCGGAUGAUCUUUCCGGAUGGGAUGAAGACUUCUAGGGUAUGGGGCUUGGUCGACAGACGAAGGGCGUUGGAUUUCUUCCCAGGUUUCAUGUUAUUUUAUUUGUUAGGACAAAAAAGUGUAUAAGGGUUAGUGCCGGCUCCGGAAAGGAUUGCCCCUCAAACGCAGGGAACCGAGCGGAGAGGGCAAGCCCGAUUAUUGUGACUAUGUAGAUUUUAGCAUUCGUUCGUACGAGUGUACACGUCUGCAGUACCGAAAUCUAUCGACGAUUCGAAUAUUGCAAAGAACCAUUACGCUAGUGAAAAGAAUAUUGUAUCACUAUUACUGUUAUAGCUACUGUUAGCGAAGGAAGGUCGAAUUGAUAGCUGAUGAAUGAUGAGCGAGCACGCAAACAAUUCUUGAAGCCAUAUUCGUAUCAUGCUACGGAAAAGAACACAAUCUCAAAGUGAACAAUAAUAACAGAAAGAUAGAUCACUGGAGACGGUUGGUAGUCGAAUGAAAGAGUACGAUAGCGAGCAGAAUGUCUUCCUAAUUCUAAUUUUAAUGUGCAAACUUUUAAAAACAAAUAUGUACCCUUCGAAGCCCAAGCAGCGGCAUCCGUGCUAUGUAUUCUUUUAUUGCAAUUUUCUAACAAAUGAGAAACAUAUUCCAAAAUGAUGCACUUGUACCGUUCUGUAAAUCAAAAUCCUCAUCAUUUAGAUUGAAGUAUGCAACUUGUAGUUCGAAUUCAAAUCUCUCUUGCCCUCGUGUAGAAACAUGUUUACCGUUUUUUUUUUUGUUUUGUUAUAAUGUAAUUUGACAUUUGUAAAAAUUGUACAUAAACUAUUGCUUCCUAUUAGAUCCGGAUCGGCAAGAUUCAAAGAAAAUUGCGAACCCGCGAGCAAAAUCAGCUAACUAAAUUUCAACAGCUUGGUUGCAAACCAGACACAUGAAACAUACAAUGAUUACGAAUAAAACACCAACAAAUUUUAACAGUGUGUUGUCGUUAGUCAA